UCCAGCUACUCCUGCAAACUUGAAAUAAUCUGCUGGCUUGACAGUUUGACUACUACGUUUAGACUGUCCCAAAACAUGUCACUGACUGAUAAGAACAGCAAAAUCCAGCUUUCUCCAGACUCUUCAAACCUCUUCGAGUUGCCACUAGGUAGGAAAGUCCACGUCAGGCCGAAAGAGCACUGCGUCCUCCACACCACUCGUCUCUGUAAAAGGUUAUUCAUGCAGAAGAGUGACUUUGAUUUAUCGGACCCAAAUGGCUUCCGAAUGACCUCGGCGUACAACUGCCUCCACGACCCCAACCUGAGGAGAUAUUUGUAUCGCAGAGAUUUGCACAGGCACCUUAUUGAUGACGGCUUCAUCACAGAAGAUGACAAAGUGAUAUGUUCCCCGACAGAAUUCAACAAGUUUAAGGACUAUUUGGCUGAAGUACAGCUAGGUUGGGAUCUCAAAUUUAAGAUGGAGCAGAAAAAAAUAGUGCACGCAUUCCUGGUUCAGCAAGAGCAGGGGAAGAUCACUGCAGAUGAGAGUUUAUCUGAGCUAAUAGAGACACUGCUGUGUAGAGGACAGAUGUACUUUAGAAAUCAGGAGGAGGCUACUAGGGAGAGGGCCUUCCAAAGGCUGUGGAAAGAUGAUGAUUCCUCAGUGCUGAAGCUUCCCAAAAUAAGUGAAAAGAACAGCUUGACGUCCUUAUUCGAUGAGGAUGAAAUGGUGUGGAAAGUAAAAGGACGUAUGAUGCUGGAGGAGAUCGUAAAGGAGGUGCAGAGGGAACUGCGGAUUGAGCGUCAAAAGACGAUGGACACGCAGACUAGGGAAAAACAGAAACAAGAGUUGCAUGGCAAGAAGUCGACGCCUCAAGUGGAAAGGAAGAGUAUUUUUCUUGAAGCCAUAAAAAAGCCAAGAGAUGUGAUGGACACUGGCACUUUGGGCUCUGCACCAUCUGAGCGAAGACCUUCCCUCCAGAAGUUGAAGCCACUUCCCAAGAUAAAAAUGACUAAAAUUGGUUCCUUUGAAGACGACAUGGAGACGGCUGAACGCACACAGCACAGUCCCAGUCACACCAUGGUUCACACUGGUACUUUGGAUUCUGAACCAUUUCAGAGAAGACUGGGCAUCCAGAAGCUGAAGCCACUUCCCAAGAUAAAGAUGAGUACAGCCAGUUCUUCUGAAAAGGUCACGGUAACUGCUGCACACACACACUGUAGCCAUACCAUGUACUCUGUUGCUACACCCGAGACCUUGACGGCAACCAGUUCCUGGCUCACUCCUGUCAGUAAUCUGCAGCCUUCCAGGGACCAACUGGAAACAACAGUAGAAAAUUUGGUGGACAGCAUCAUGGACUAUCAGUUCCCCUAUUCUUACGAGUGCACACCAUCAAAUGAGAUGAAUUAACAAGUGGUGGACGGACAUCUGCCCUACGAAAGGAAGAUGUAACCUGGCCUCUAUUGGCGAGGCUUGCACCCUAUCCUUCCCAGCUGCCCUGCCACUUUGGGGUGGUCUUGGCACCUCAGUAUCCCCAGCCAGAGAAAAAGACCCAAAUCCACUAGAGGCUGGUGACAUGGCCUCAUUUGUGCCUCCUCGCCUUUGGGGUCUGUGGCUGCUGAUCAACACCAGGUCCUCGUCGCACCUUGAAGUGGAAAUAAGAGCGCCGAAGCAAAGUGGCUCAACAGACCAGGGAUAAACAGGUACAUAAUCUGCACGUAUCAGGAAGCUGUGAUGAAUUUAUAUCUUUAUUUACAGUGUAAUUCAAAAUAUGGAUAAAAAUGCUGAAGAAAGAGAUGAUAGAGGUGGAUUGGUUAACACAAAAUUAUGCUAUUUAAAAUUAAUUAGACUGAUGCAAAG